GACCGCUUCGUGGGCGCAAAGGAGGUUGCCAGUCCGCUCUUGCGGGCCUGUGCCCGCGCCGUUCCGGGGCCUCCGUACUGGGUGCGAGGCUCACGCAGGGAGCGACGCGCAGGCUGAGUGGCUGGAGCUUUUGCGGUUUGUAGUGCAUCCCUGAGCAUGAGUGCAGAAUGAAGCGACGUUUGGAUGACCAGGAAUCCCCAGUGUAUGCAGCCCAGCAGCGAAGGAUUCCUGGAAGCACAGAGGCUUUUUCGCACCAGCACCGGGUACUCGCCCCGGCUCCUCCUGUGUAUGAAGCAGUGUCUGAGACCAUGCAGUCAGCUACAGGCAUUCAGUACUCAGUGGCACCCAACUACCAGGUUUCAGCUGUGCCACAAAGUUCUGGAAGUCAUGGGCCUGCCAUAGCAGCAGUACAUAGCAGUCAUCAUCACCCACCAGCCGCCCAGCCUCAUGGAGGCCAGGUGGUCCAGAGCCAUGCCCAUCCAGCCCCACCAGUUGCACCAGUGCAGGGACAGCAGCAGUUUCAGAGGCUCAAGGUGGAGGAUGCCCUGUCCUAUCUUGACCAGGUGAAACUGCAGUUCGGUAGCCAGCCUCAGGUCUACAAUGAUUUCCUUGACAUCAUGAAGGAAUUUAAAUCUCAGAGCAUUGAUACUCCAGGAGUGAUUAGCCGCGUUUCUCAGCUGUUUAAAGGCCACCCUGACCUGAUCAUGGGUUUCAACACCUUCUUACCUCCUGGCUACAAAAUUGAGGUGCAGACUAAUGACAUGGUGAAUGUGACAACACCUGGCCAAGUUCAUCAGAUUCCCACCCAUGGCAUCCAGCCCCAGCCUCAGCCACCCCCUCAACAUCCUUCCCAGCCUUCAUCCCAGUCAGCUCCCACUCCUGCUCAGCCAGCUCCUCAGCCCACACCUGCUAAAGUCAGCAAGCCUUCCCAACUACAAGCACAUACUCCAGCCAGUCAGCAGACUCCCCCACUCCCACCAUAUGCAUCCCCACGUUCUCCACCAGUCCAGCCUCACACACCAGUGACAAUCUCCUUGGGAACAGCUCCAUCUUUGCAAAACAAUCAACCUGUGGAGUUUAAUCAUGCCAUCAACUAUGUUAAUAAGAUCAAGAACAGAUUCCAGGGCCAACCAGACAUCUACAAAGCAUUCUUGGAGAUUUUGCACACAUACCAGAAAGAACAGCGGAAUGCCAAGGAAGCUGGAGGAAACUACACUCCAGCUUUGACUGAGCAGGAGGUGUAUGCCCAGGUGGCUCGUCUCUUCAAAAACCAGGAAGAUUUGUUGUCUGAGUUUGGACAGUUCCUGCCAGAUGCCAACAGCUCGGUGCUUUUAAGCAAAACAACUGCUGAGAAGGUCGAUUCUGUGAGAAAUGACCAUGGAGGCACUGUGAAGAAGCCCCAACUGAAUAACAAGCCACAGAGGCCCAGUCAGAACGGUUGCCAGAUCCGCAGGCACUCUGGAACAGGAGCCACACCUCCAGUGAAGAAAAAACCCAAACUGAUUAGUCUAAAGGAGUCUUCAAUGGCUGAUGCCACCAAGCAUGGUGUUGGAACGGAAUCAUUAUUUUUUGAUAAGGUUCGAAAGGCUCUUCGGAGUGCAGAGGCCUAUGAAAACUUCCUUCGCUGCCUUGUUAUCUUUAACCAGGAGGUGAUUUCUCGGGCUGAGCUUGUACAGCUGGUUUCUCCGUUUCUGGGGAAAUUCCCUGAACUGUUUAACUGGUUUAAAAACUUUUUGGGCUAUAAGGAGUCUGUACAUCUGGAAAGCUUUCCAAAGGAACGAGCUACAGAAGGCAUUGCCAUGGAGAUAGACUAUGCCUCUUGUAAACGACUAGGCUCUAGCUACCGAGCCCUACCAAAAAGUUACCAGCAGCCCAAGUGUACAGGACGGACUCCUCUGUGUAAAGAGGUUUUAAAUGAUACCUGGGUUUCCUUCCCGUCUUGGUCUGAAGAUUCCACUUUUGUUAGUUCCAAGAAGACUCAGUAUGAAGAACAUAUUUACCGUUGUGAAGAUGAACGAUUUGAGCUUGAUGUGGUUCUUGAGACCAAUCUUGCAACAAUCCGGGUUUUAGAAGCAAUACAGAAAAAACUUUCUCGCUUGUCUGCUGAGGAACAAGCCAAAUUUCGCUUGGAUAACACCCUUGGAGGCACGUCGGAAGUCAUCCAUCGAAAAGCACUCCAGAGGAUAUAUGCUGACAAAGCAGCUGAUAUAAUAGAUGGUCUGAGAAAGAACCCCUCCAUUGCUGUUCCAAUUGUCCUUAAAAGGUUGAAGAUGAAAGAGGAAGAGUGGCGAGAAGCUCAGAGAGGCUUCAACAAGGUCUGGCGAGAGCAAAAUGAGAAGUACUACUUGAAGUCUUUAGAUCACCAAGGCAUCAACUUCAAACAGAACGACACUAAGGUCUUGAGGUCUAAGAGCUUACUUAAUGAGAUCGAGAGCAUCUAUGACGAGAGGCAAGAGCAGGCUACAGAAGAGAACGCUGGUGUACCUGUUGGCCCGCACCUCUCUCUUGCCUAUGAAGACAAACAGAUACUAGAAGAUGCUGCUGCUCUGAUUAUCCAUCAUGUGAAGAGGCAAACGGGCAUUCAGAAAGAGGACAAAUACAAAAUCAAGCAAAUCAUGCACCAUUUCAUUCCUGAUCUGCUAUUUGCUCAGAGAGGUGAUCUCUCAGAUGUGGAAGAAGAAGAAGAGGAAGAAAUGGAUAUGGUAUGCCUUACCUGUCUGAUCUUUCCUGUAGUGGAUGUUGAUGUAGAAGAUUAUUACCCAGCUUUCCUGGACAUGGUGCGGAGCCUGCUUGAUGGCAACAUAGACUCAUCACAAUAUGAAGAUUCACUGAGAGAGAUGUUCACCAUUCAUGCCUACAUUGCCUUUACUAUGGACAAAUUAAUCCAGAGCAUCGUCAGACAGCUACAGCAUAUUGUCAGCGACGAGGUCUGUGUGCAGGUUACUGACCUUUACUUGGCAGAAAACAAUAAUGGAGCUACGGGAGGCCAGCUGAACAGUCAGACAUCAAGGAGCCUUCUGGAGUCAACGUACCAGCGGAAAGCAGAGCAGCUCAUGUCAGAUGAGAAUUGCUUUAAGCUAAUGUUCAUUCAAAGUCAAGGUCAAGUUCAGCUGACCAUUGAGCUCUUGGACACAGAAGAGGAGAAUUCAGAUGACCCCGUGGAAGCAGAGCGUUGGUCAGACUAUGUGGAGCGAUAUAUGAGUUCUGAUACUACUUCUCCUGAACUUCGAGAACAUCUGGCACAGAAACCAGUAUUUCUCCCAAGGAAUUUGCGGCGGAUCCGGAAGUGUCAGCGUGGUCGAGAGCAACAGGAAAAAGAAGGGAAAGAAGGAAAUAGCAAGAAAACCAUGGAGAAUGUAGAGAGCCUGGAUAAGCUGGAGUGUAGGUUCAAGCUGAACUCCUAUAAGAUGGUGUAUGUGAUCAAGUCGGAGGACUACAUGUACCGGAGAACCGCUCUACUCAGAGCUCAUCAGUCCCAUGAGCGUGUAAGCAAGCGUCUGCAUCAGCGGUUCCAGGCCUGGGUAGAUAAAUGGACCAAGGAGCAUGUGCCUCGGGAAAUGGCAGCAGAGACCAGCAAGUGGCUCAUGGGUGAGGGGCUAGAGGGCCUGGUACCCUGCACCACCACCUGUGAUACAGAGACUCUGCACUUUGUGAGCAUUAACAAGUAUCGUGUCAAAUACGGCACAGUAUUCAAAGCCCCUUAACUGCAGAGCCAGAGCAGGUAGCUCGAGGUGUGUGUGUGUAUGCGUGUGUCUGUGUGUGUGUGUCUGUGUGUGUGUGUUUGUGUGUGUGGGCACGUGUACCCAUGUACACAGAAGAGUCAAGGAAGAUGCCUUUCAAGCCACCAGUGCAACAACCAGGCACCAAGCAGGAUACAUGAAAGGAAUGUGAAUGGAUACCCUAGGAAGCUGGAACUGGCACUUUUCCCAAGGGUACUAUCCAGACCCAACAGGGAAUGAAGUCCAUGCAAGCACAGAGACAGGCAGCUUGCUUGCACACACCAGCAGAGUUCAACUACAACUUCCUAUGACCUGAGCAACCAGAUGCUGUCCCCAUUUGGAUGGAUGGAGGUGCAUCUUGUCACUGCUCCUCUUCCCACCUCCAGAAAAGAAGAGGAGGGGCAGACUGGAUAUGAUGAUACCCAUUCUUGAGCACAUAUAAGAUCUCUGUUAGAUUUUAUCUGAGACCUGUUUGGCUUUGGAAUUCAUAACUUACGGAUUUGGUUCUGAGUCCUUGAAGCUCACCUUCCUCCUCUUCUGAUUCUCAACCUCAACAAAUUCCAGUCAGUCCUCCUUUUUAGCUCCCAUGGGACUGUUUUGUACCUGCUUCUUUACUAGUCUGCUCUAGUGCCAUCCACCAGCUUCUCUCUCUCAUUCACACAUAACACACACACACACACACACACAAUUUUAACUUGGUUUUUCUUUUUUGUAAAUAAUGUACAUACUGUCAAUUUUUUAUUAAAGAAAUAUGCUUUGAUGUGCUAGCAUAACUGCUCUAGCUUCUUGUGUACCAUAGUACUAUGUGGCUUCAGAUUUAGUACCUAUAAACAGAUGUACAAGACAUUUAUUACACUUUUUACCAAAGGGA